AUGGAGUCAAGCGGGAAAUUAUUAUUUAUAGGUCCUGUUGAGGUAGCGCAUGGAGAAAUAGUAACUUUGCAACUUCCAAGAAGUCAAAUGCCUUUCCUUUUGACUGACAGCUCUAUUUACUCUAUUCAAAAAUCAUCAUUUUUUGGUUCUUGCGUAGUUGGCAAAACUAUAAAUAGCUCGACUGAAGUGUUUAUAAUAACACCAUUUGAUCCAAUUUUCCUUUUGCUGCCAGUUUUAAAUCAAAUUUAUUCAUUUCGUGCUUAUGAAGAAAUUUUGAGGGAUUCUAAUCUUUCUGCGCUUAUAGGGAAAAGCGAAAUUCUAGCAAAAGUUUCAAAGUUUUGUGAGUGCAAAGACCAUCAGGGCCAGCUUUAUGUUAGGACAACUGAAGAAAAAAUCAAUGAAUGGCUUCAAAUGAAAUUUGAAGCCCUUGUAAGAGAAAUUUCAGUGAAAGUCCCAUGGGCUAUGAGUAUUCAAGGGCAGAAUCCAAAUGCAACAAAAACUGCUUUAGGAAUUCUAUAUGAGCUUCUAAAUGAUGAUUUUUUUAUGAGACUUAGUAUGGGCUUCACUAUUAGAGAAAUUUUGAUAACAGGUAAACCGCAACCUUUAAGAAGGCAAAAUAAUGAAAUUGAAAACUUCAAACCUCAACAGCACUCGGCCAAAAAGAAACCACAGCCUCCUAAAAAAGCUGCAAACCUUCCUAAAGGCCAAUUAACACUGAGUUUUGCGAAAGCAAAAUAA